ACCUCCAGACAUCCAGACAGGGACUCAGGCUCCCAGCUGCAUCUAUCCCAGCUACACUGCACCAUGUGCAGCCUCAGGCCCGGCCGCUGGCCCCUGAUCCUGGUCCACAUGCUUCUGCUGCAAAUUCAGCCCGUUAAGGUGCAGGGAGUCGAUCCUGUGUCCCAGAAACUACGACGACUCAACGAGCAGUUCCAGCAGUUCCAGGCACUGACCCAGGCCCGCUUGGACAUGUUGGCCCUGAACCAGAACAGAAACUCCUCGGGGGGGCUGGAGAGACGUGUUCAGGCCCUGAGUGACAACUGGCACAGCGUGUCACAGGACCUCCAACACUUCAAGCUGAGCACAACGCAGGAGAUAGAAGGUCUCAGAGAGUGGAGUAGGAAGCUGGAGAAGAAGAGUAAACGGAUGGAGGGUCGUCUGGCUUUGAUGGAGAGGAACCUGAGGGACAACCGCCGACACGCCCAGAAACAGAAGCCUGAUCCUGGUCAGGAUUUCUCCAUGCUCACCCUGGAGCUCCAGAGCCAAGAUGAAAGGCUGGCUGCCCUGCAGGACCAGCGCGACGAGCUGCUCAUCGGGCUGAGAGGGUUGCAGGAGUCCCUGAAGAACCAGGCCCUGCGUGUGACCCGGCUGGAGGGCCGGCUCGGUGAGGUGCUGCAGCAGAACGGAGGAGUUAGAACCAGAGGGUCCCUUGACUCCUACGUCACACCUCAGAGCCAAACACCGAGAGGAGGGAGGCCUGGAAGGAUCCUGGAUACCCAACCCGGAUCAGAAGGUAUCAACUAUUCACAGACUGAUAAUCAAACACAGUCCUCAGUGCAGAACAGAAACCACCCAGAGCCUCAUCAGUACCAGGCAACACCGAACCAGCCUAAACAGUCAAAGACCCAGAAGUCAAGGCCUCAACCAGAAUCUCAUCAGCAGAUACAAGUCCAGUACUCAAAUCUUGAACCCCGGUCCACAGAUUACCUGCCCCAGCCUGACUCUUACCAUCCCCAGUCCCAGAUCCAGAUCCGGGCCCAGAGAAAGCCGUACUCGAUCCAUCAGGAGCAGCUCCAGUCGAGCCAGACUGAGCCGUAUCUUCAUGCACAGGUCCAGCAACAAUCCCAGCCUCGGUUGAACCGUCACCCCCAGUCACACAACCCCAGGCACGCCUCUUGGCCCCGGCCCCUCCCUCAUUCUCCAACCUAUCGUGAACCCACUAAAGACCGACACAGCAGGACCAGUCAGGGGUCUCCACAGGCCCGGGUUCCAGAUGAUCUCCCUCAGUCCCAGCCUGAGUCUCAUCAGGUGAGCGACUGGGACGGAGGAGAAGAGGAAGAAAGUGACACAAAGGUUGAGUCUUCAGUGAUCCACAACUUCCUCCAUCUUCCUGUGAGGCACAAGAUCCCUGCUCGACCCGUUCCCAAAAAGGAUGCAACCAUCUGUAACGUGGACUCCAUGCUGUUCUUCCCCUCGGCCUCAACGGAGAACUACGUGACCUUCUUCCGGUCUCUCCCCGACCUUCCUGAACUUUCUGUGUGUUUGUGGCUCCGUGUGGAGGCCUCACAUGUCGGCACUCUGCUCUCUUAUGCCACAGACUUCAACGACAACCAGUUAGUUCUGUAUGGACGAAACUCCUCUGCCUCAUCUUCCUCAUCUUCCCGCCCCUCCUCCUCCUCCCCCUCCCUGGACUUUGUCAUUGGAGACCCCGUCUAUCGCCGUCUCUCUGCGUCGUCGCUCCUGGACGCUCGCUGGCACCACCUCUGCGCCCUCUGGUCCUCCAUCCAGGGUCGUUUUUGGCACUACAGUGACGGGCGGCUCGCCUCCUCGGGCUCCAACUUCAGGAAGGGCUGGGAGAUUCCUGGCGGUGGAUCAGUGGUGCUGGGGCAGGAGCAGGACACCGUCGGUGGGGGGUUCGACCCUGCAGAGGGUUUCGCUGGGCAGGUGGCCGGGUUCAGGAUGUGGAGCCGGGUGCUGAGUCCUUCGGAGGUGGAAGGGGUGGCAGAAGGAAGGGGUGUGCCCAGAGGGGUGGUGCUUGGCAUGGAGGACAUCAAGGAGGUCCAUGGGGAGGUGCAGCAGGUGGCAUGUGAAUGUCUGGAGCACUGUGUGUAUUAAAGUUACAGAGGAGGAUUCAAAUCAAGAGUUUCAUUCCAACAAGUUCUGCAGGGAAUGUUUAUUGUCUCUUGCCUGCCUUUUAAAAUAAACACUCUUGUCCUUUUA